UGCUGGUUUGUGCACUACGCAUGCGCAAAAGCCUGCUUCUCCUUUUGCUGACUGUGGUUCCGGAUGGGCAGAUUCGUCGCGACCGAAACUACACAAAUGGUACCCUUAACAAGCUUAACAAGCUGACACAAAAGAGAGUUGACCAUGUUCCUCCAAGGUCAGCGUGCCUCGGUGUUCACCUUUCAGUCGGCCGUGCACAGCGCUCACGUGCUGCAGUGUCUCAACGAGCAGCGGCAGCGGGACGUCUUGUGUGACGUGACUGUGGUGGUGGAGGACAGGAGCUUUCGGGCCCACUCCUCCGUCUUGGCCUCCUGUAGCGAGUACUUCCACAGCUGUAUUGCCGGCGACUCCAGACACAAUGCCGUUGUCACCCUGCCUCACAAGGUGACGGUGCAAGGCUUCGAACCUCUGCUGCAGUUUGCCUACACGUCCAAGUUGCUCUUCAGCAAAGAAAACAUCCACGCCGUUCAAAGCUGCGCAAAAUUCCUGGGAUUUCACAACCUGGAGUUGGCGUGCUUUGAUUUCCUAAUCCCAAAGUUUUCUGAGGGUAAGCCGCAUGAAGUCAAGCAGGCAGUGUGCUGUCAAGGUCGUGACCAGGCCACGAGCGGGGCAAAGUCGCAAACGGACUUCACUCAUCUGCUCCCUCGCGGCAGAGAUGGCGACUUCUGCUUGGAGACCUGCGGCCCUCAGAUGCCCUCCUUACCACUGGAACUAUCAGCCAGCGUUGUUUGUCCCAUGUUGUCGUUGCCUGAUCAGGAUGCAGCAGGUCACCCUUCUCAGAUGUGUUUGGCCGUUGAAGACGUUUGCAGCCAAAGCCAGGUGAGUCUGACCGACUGCGGGUUGCCGUGUGAGCUCUCAGCAGAGGAGGACUUGGACCCACAAGAUCUGAUGCAGCCAGGAGUUGAAGACGCUGUGGAAAGACUUGGCAUGGACCCAAACUGUGGCCUCGGUUCUUGUCCUCUCGGCUCCGAAGCUUGUGCUCAGUUGUUAGAACAGAGCCAGCCAGACAAAGACGAGGGAUUCCCAGGGAGAAGCAGAGAGGAGAGGGAAGUGGCCGAACAUCUGGCCAAGGGAUUUUGGUCCGACCUGUGCCAGUCUCAGGCUCAGACUCUCCCCCCGUUGGACUCUGUGGACCACAGUAGUCCAGAAAAAGCCUCAGAAUUCCAUUGGCUCAAACAGCUGGACCUGAGCUCCAAUCCAGCAGACUGUCCCUUUCUCAGGGAGCUUGACGCAAGCGAGGACCCAAACUCACGCACCGACACUCUGUCCCAGUCGGAGAAGAGCCCUUGUGUAUCCUCGCUCAACUCCGGGGAGGAUUCAGACAUGGACACGGAUGGAGAUACGGAAGCUAACAGCAGAAGAGCAGCAGAGAUGCAACUUCCAUUCCCAGUGGAGCAGAUUUCGGCGCUGAGUCGCAGCGCCUUCCAGCAGCUCCUCAAGCGCCAUCACAUGAGCCCGGAGCAGCUGGAGUUUGUCCACGACGUCCGCAGGCGCAGCAAAAACCGUGCGGCAGCACAGCGGUGUAGGAAGAGGAAGAUGGAAAGCAUACACCAGCUGGACGGUGAAAUCAAAAUAUUAAAAAGCGAGAAAGAGAAGCUGCUUCAGGAGCGAGCAGAGCUGGAGCAGAACCUGGAGGAAACCCGCCAGAGUCUGUGCAGGUUGUGUAAGAGCGUGGAGCUCACCUCAGACCAGGACCACAUGCAGUUCCUGGCCAAGCUCUCCUCUCCCGACUCCUCCCCCCUACCACACGCUGCCUGUAACAACAAGUAAGGCCUCGUGGGGAAAGUGGUGAGUUGAUCUUUAGAGUCUCAGCAGGCUGGACGUUCAAAAGAAGGUCUCUUUUCUUAUCAAUCAUAUCCAGGGACUUCCAUCCAGACUUGUUUUUUGCUUUGGCCGAAUCUGACCCUGAGAGGAAAAUAUAUCCAUACUGUAUUUGUUGAAUGCUUUACUGUAGCACAGUGAUGACCAAGCAGGUUAUCAGUCUUCAACCUAAUAAGAAUUGUUUGAUUUCUCAGGGAAAACUCCCCUCCUCCUAACUCUCACACCUCAACAAAUACUCCCAAUGAUUCUUCUGGUCUUGUCUGGUACUGCGUUAUUGCACCUUGCUGCCCUUUCAUGGAACAGAUAUGCAAAUCAGCACUAACUGAGCUUUGACUGUAGGAUACUGUCACUACUAUAUGACAUGAUCAAUAACAUUAGAUCAAACAGUAGAUAGGGAUGGUUCCAGCAUACCUUAAAGUGUUACAUGAGUACACGUGAGAAAACAUGCUCAUCCAUGCAAAAUGUGCCUUGUGUGAAACAAAAAAUGCAUUUUUUCUCUCAUUCUGAAGCACUGUUGCACAUUAACCCAGAGCCUUUAUUGAUAGCCAUGCCACUUUUUAUCUAAUGAUUCUCAUUGUAAUAAAGACUGUUUGUUUGCCUACAUGCUUUCAAAUGGUCAUGUGAAACACCAACACUGUGCCAGGAGGUGGCAGUACAAGUCAACAUGUUAGUCAUUACUCUUACUGCAUCCUCCUGGGCCUCAGACUUCUUCCACUGAGGGCCACAUAUAGUUAGGAGAUCAGGAAGAUCUGGGCUCAAAUCUCCAUCACAUUUCAGUGUGGAGUUAGCAUGUUCUCCCUGUGCGUGCUUGGGUAGUCCGGUUUCCUCCCACAUUCCAAAAACAUGCAUGUUACGUUCAUUGGCAACAAACUGUCCAUACUUAUGAAUGUGAAUGUGAAUGGUUGUUUGUCUAUAUGUGCCCUGCCAUUGGCUGGCGACCAGUCCAAGGUGUACGCCGACUCUCGCCCAAAGUCAGCUGGGAUAGGCUCCAGCAUACCCCCGCCACCCUAGUGAGGUUAAGCGGUAUAGAAAGAUGGCUGGGUAAGUCUUAACGAGAUAAAAAGUGGAAAUUAUAAUAUGUGAUGAAGGUUCUUGUAAAAAAGGAGGCACAUGCGCCGUUUGUAUCUCAUAAUUUCCACUUUUUUUCUUGUCUCUUUUAUCUUCUUUCAGUGGUAAAUUUAUUUUCAAAAUUCUGACUUUAUUACCAUAAUAUUUAGACUUUAUUUUCGUAUUAUUACCAAAAAUUACAACUUUGUUGCUUGUUUUUAAAUAAUAUUAUGUCUUAACUUUGUUUUUAAUAUUUCAGUUCUAUGCUACUGAAAGAGCAUUAUUUCCCCCCAUACAACGAGUUCAUUCUGGUUUUGAUUUUUUUUCUGAAUAUUUUGACUUUAUUGUACAAUUUCUGGUGUUUUUUUUCAUUUGCUUUUUUUAUACAUAAUUUGCCAAAUAUUUAAUCUUUUGUUCACAUCUUGUAAUGUUAGGACUUUAAUCCCAUAAUAUUUUGACCUUUUCCUCUUAAUAUUAUUACUUUUUCCUCACAAACAUCCAAACAUUUUAACUUCAUUGUUUGUUUCUCACAAACGAUAAAAAUGAUAUUUCUAGAAUGUGAAUAAAAAAAUGUAGCCACAAGCCAUAUACCUGUAUGGCCCCCAGGCCACACUUUGGACACCCCCGGUGUCCUGUCAUCUUCUAGAAAUAAGAUCACACACACGCAAAGCUGCAAGUCAAAAGGAUUGCACGAUGAUGACAACAUCACAGACAUGAGAUAUCAUGUCCCUGUGCUGGCUGGCGUGACACACAUGGGAAGAAAAUCCUCAAGUUGCCACUCAUCAAAAGUCACCUUCAAUUACUUUCACUUGCACUUCCACUCAAAUUAGGGUUCUCCCAUCCCGGUGCUUGGGUCUUCAAUGUACCGUUUUGUAUGGUAAUGCAAGAGGAAGAAAAAAAGUCUGAUGAUCCUGUUUUUUGUUUCGUUUUUUUUUUGUGAGCAACACGGGGAAGGAAGAGACUUGAUUUGAGGAGGAAGCAGCUGUGCGGCAUGGCAAGGUCAGAGGCUGCUAAUCCGCGGCCUCAUUCAUGCGAGAUUAAAAACCUGCUCCCAGUUCUGAUUAAGAACGCAGGGUUAGAAGAUUAAAGGCCGGCAAACAAAAUGAAAGCAGUUUUAAGCCCAAUCCUGGAAUUCAUCAGAAUACCAAAACCUUAACCGGUCAUUACAAGGCCAGAUUAAUGCAAAGAACACUUGAAGUGGAUACGUCUUGAUAUGUGUCUUCUCCACCCAACCUGCCAUUGAUAAAAUACCCAAACCAUACACUCGCUUGUUUCACAUUGUUUUGAUAGACUGCAUGGCUUGUUUGCUUCUUACGGUGCUUCCUUUUCACAAUUAUACCUGUGAUUAUCCCGUGAAAAGCAAGAGUCGCGAGUAAAGGAUUAGGAAACAGGGGGAUUAGAAAUUAAUUAAAACAUCUGGAGGUUUGUCCUCUUGCAAACGUAUGCUAAAUCACUUGUAUUGCAAGCAAUGGAAUUCUGAGGGCAAAAAUUGCUGCAACAGUAGCUUUCAUUUUGCAGCCAAACAAUACGCUUCUUAAUUGGAUGACUUUGGUGUUCAUAGCAGUUCACGCUGUUGAAUGAACUUUUCUUGCUAGUAUUAUGCCACGCUGAUCCACAGCCUCCAAUGCGGAUAUUCUCUUGCAGGGGUCACAGUGUUACCCUGAGAAAGACACAAUACUUGACUAUCAUUCCCAACAUAAGGUCCACGACCUCUUAGUGACACAACAUUAAUCGUAUAAGCUGUUUAGCGACUGUAUCCUGAUUGCACGCCGCCGUCUCUAUGAACUUCAUUUUCAGGGUAGUAUUUCAUUGACAGGAUUAUGGAAAGGAGGGGCAUAAUACUGUAAUCUCCCACUGAAGUGAGACACACCAGAGGACGUAACGACCCCAGCGAGCCAGCACCCCGGUCUUUGUAUAUGUCAGAUUAACUAAGAAAAGAAUGUACUUUUAGAGAUGGCGUUUUAGAGUCCUCGCUUUUGUUGAAUAGGAGAAGUAAAAGAACAGUAUCCUUAGAUGCUGAAACAAAUGUAAUUGUAUCGCUUUGCAGUCGAGUGGGAAGUGGCUAAGACGAGAAUCAACACCUACAAUUCAUAGUCGAUGGUUUUCACCUGGAAUGCACCAAGUGGAGGAGUUUCACAUGAUUCACCAUUUCUGCUUAAAUAUCAAAAUGUAAAUUUAAAUUCACAAAAAUGACAUUUAUAAUUCAUGUUGAUGAGCUAGCUCUGGCAGUUCAGUCUCAUUUCCGGAAGUGAUGUCAUGGGGGUUAUACCUCUUAGCUAAAGCAAAAUAAACAAACACUUGUUCAGGUAAAUACUGGACUUGGGUCAGUAUAUUUUUCAUCUAAAUAGUAUCUAUGCCAAAAUGUGUUGCUGCUGGAUGUUCGCAAUAUCUAAGUGACUGUAAGUAUGUUUUCUUUUCCAAAAGAGGAAAGUUUAAGACAACAAUGGACAAAGCAAGUGCAGAGAAUGAGAAAUAAUGAAAUUAGGCUGAACUGCUGGCGCCAUGAACUAUAAAUGUCAUUUUUGCAAAUUUACAGUUCGCUUUCAAAGAAGACAAGAAAAAGAAAAAAGGACAAGAUCACAGAUACAAGUGGCCCGGAAUAAGUUUCCUCUCUAGCGUGGUUGGGUUGUCCCUCAGAACUGCUGCUCCUCCGCAUUAUAGGAGCCUGUUGAGGUGGCUCUGGCAUCUGAUCAAGAUGCCUCCCAGACGCCUCCCCGGGAGAAGACCCAGAACCUGUUGGAGAGACUAUGUCUCUCAGCUGGCCUGGGAACACUUCAGGGAGCUGGAUGAAGCAGCGGGGGAAGGGAAGUCUAGGCUUCCUUGCUUAGGGUGCUGCACCCGAGACCCGACCUUGGCUAAGCAGACAUACAUAGAGGGAUAGAUGGACAAAUGUACUGUGAUAGAGUAACCGUUACGUGAUUACCGUUGUGAAGCACGAGAAAGUUUCAAAGAAGUUAAGACUUGUUCUUGUAAGAUGUCAAAUGUUACGUGUGAGAUCCAACGCCAGGCAAGGAAAAGACACAAGCAUCAGUAUGAGGGUUAAAAGGAUGUAAUGUUCUCACGUAACUUAUUUUUCCCAUUCUGAAACAAUGCUGAUGAGACACCAACAUGCUCAAAAAAACAAAAAAAAAAACACAAAGUAACUUGAUAAAUACAACUGAUUUAGAAACAAUUAUCAUUGGUAAAAUGAAAAGCUCUUUCAAAAUACAUGAGCAUGUAUAAGUGUUUGUUUUAAAUACGGGAAUGCUUAGCAUCACUUGCCUACAAAAACAGGAAUGACAUUCUUUUCCUGUAAAACAGCAAGGCCAUGGUCAAGCAUCGUGGUGUCAAAUCCUCCCAAAGGGUUUUAAUGUAUUCCGAUUAAAAUAUUCAUGAGCUCUACAUCAAAACUACAGAAAACACUAAACUCUAAAAGUUCUGAUUGUAACAAUGCGGUUCGACACAUUCACAGAGUUCACCAUGGAACCUCAAAGUUGUGUCGAGUUCAAGUCCUCCAGCAUCCCCAACAAUGCGUCAAUACUUGUUGUGCCAUUCGCACUGGCCGACACUGACCUCCUCGAUGUCCAGGUUCUUUCUGGACUUGUAGAUAAACUCUCCGAUGGCGACAAAAACGGAAAGGACUAGUCCGGCCGCCAGCACGAUGAAUAUGCCCCCAAUGUUCUCCACACCCAGAGCGCUGGCCUCUUUGCUGUCCUCCUCGGGGCAACCGUUUCCCCUCCACCAUUUCUCCUUCAUCAUGUGCAGCUUGCCUUCCUCCUGAAGCUGCAGGAUGGCAAUGGUCACUUUGUCUCUGUAAGGUGAACCUGCGGAAAUGUAUAAAAAACAUUCUCAUGAUGGGCUUUCCUGUCAUUGCUGUGAUCAAUAUCCCGUACCGAUUGGCGUUCCCACGCCGUAGCCCUUUGAAUCUAUCAGACCUCCGAUCUGCGUGAGGUUGCAGUUGCGCUGGCUGAUGUACUCUAUGCUAGUAGACUCCAUCAGCAGAGCGUAGUCAGUGGUGAGGACCCGCUGGAUGCCCUCGCGGUUGUUCUUCACCAAAGCUGUGUUUUUCCUGCUGCUCAUAAAGGCCCACAUCUUCUCAUAGGUGGAGAUCUUGGAUUUCU